AACUUAGGAGCUGGUCCACUUACUCCACUAGACUAGAGUUUUCUGUGCUCAAUCUGUGAAGUUACACUGUGAUUUUGAAUAAUAUUUGAAUGAUGAUCACUUGAGUAAUUUGAAUCAGAAAUUUUAUUGCGACAGCUGGAAAUAAAUACCAGAUGGUUCGAUCUCUGGUUUCGAAGCAACCCAAAAGCUCUGCUCAAAUGUGGAAGCAAGUGCAGAUGGGAGUGCGGGCAUUUAUACUCUUCACUCAGAAGAUUUGGGGGUUUAUUUGUUAUGUCAUAAGAAAACAGUUUAGAGUGGUGCUACAGCAUCAGGCAGUGAAGUACCAAGUGCUGCCACUAUCUCCUCUCUCCCGUCACAGACUUAGUUUAGUGAAGCGCAAGGUGUUGGUGCUGGACUUGGACGAGACCCUGAUCCACUCCCACCAUGACGGCGUUUUGCGACAGAUGGUCAAGCCAGGCACGCCGCCUGACUUUGUUCUUAAAGUCACCAUUGAACGGCAUCCUGUCAGAUUUUUUGUCCACAAAAGACCACAUGUGGAUUAUUUUCUUCAAAUUGUGUCGCAGUGGUAUGAGUUAGUUGUGUUCACUGCUAGCAUGGAAAUCUAUGGUGCUGCAGUAGCAGAUAAGUUGGAUGCUGGCCGAGGACUACUGCAGCGUCGCUACUACCGCCAGCACUGCACGCUGGACUAUGGCUCCUACACAAAGGACCUCUCUGCAAUAUGUCCUGAUCUCUCCUCUGUCUUCAUAUUAGACAAUUCUCCAGGAGCAUACAGGGCUUAUCGAGAUAACGCAAUUCCGAUCAAGUCGUGGUUCAGCGACCCGCUGGACACGUCGCUGUUGAACCUCCUGCCCGUGCUGGACGCCUUGCGCUUCACGGCGGACGUGCGCAGCGUCCUGUCGCGAAACCUCCACCUCCACAGACUCUGGUAAACGCUGUCCCCGCCCUGUUCAAUGCCGCGGCAGCAGCUGUGAAGCGUGAAUAGUACUGUACUUACUGUAAAGAGUGUACAGUCAGAAAAAUCUUGCACUUCGUACUUGUACAGUACUGUGCUUGCUGUUAAGUGUGUACAGUACGACGAAACCUGCAUUGCAUAUUGCAUCUUCCCACCUUCAUGUAGCAUGGCCGGUGGAAUUGGGCCAGUGGGCCAAACGUUAUUCAGCAACGUCAAGUCCAUGACUUAAUAUCCUGAUGCCAUCAGAGAUGGAUUUAUGUACAACUUUUAUUUCUGAAGCAUUUCUAAUUCCGGCGUGUCUAAAAAGCGUUCCUUUGAAACGGAAAUUAGGGUUAGAAAGAGAUUGGCAGCAAGACGGUGCUAUCGUAGAUAGCAGUUGCUCAUAACUCAUGAUGAUUAGUAUGGAACUAUUAUGAUGAUUUGUUGUAAGAUAACUUUUGUUAUGACUUGAGCUGCUUUACUGGAUGUCAAUGUUUGAAAUUGAGAUAUUCACUUAUUUUACCACAAGAAUCAGCACUGUUAGACAGAUUGUAUAAUAAGAGCUACAAAAUUCGUGCAGUUUGCCUUUUCUUCUGUUCCGUAUGCCGCGAUCUGAGGGAUUGAUGAAUGAAAGGUUUGAAAAAACCAAAGGUUCAAUAUCUGAGAUGACGACGUGGAGACUUCAAAGUUAUCCCGGCUUAAAAUAUUUAAUGCUGUUGAAAAAUAGGCUCACCUGCGAUUGUUAGAUUCAGUGCUUAGCCCAAAUGUGAUGGGAAGGGGUUUUGGGAAACUGUGAACAGAGAUUGCAAAUUCUGUAUAAAAAUUCUGUUUUAAAAUACUCCGCUAGUUGAAUGCUGAUGGAUGAUUGUAAUUAGUUGGGAGUGUCCCCCAUCUCUCGUGUUUCUUUGAUCCACGCUGUACGUCUUAAAGACGUGUCCAGGAGUAAAGUGCAAACGACUCUAAAAUAAUCAAAUUUUGUUAUCUGUGUCAACCUUGAGACGUUUGUUAUGAUCUAACUGUUAAUUUGUUUUGCAAUUGACUUAAUUAUGCUGUUGCCGAGGCAAAUAAGCAUCUUAUGACGCAUGACCAACUUCUUAUUCUGGACGCAUGACCAGCGUCUUAUAUAUAUCAGCUUCUUAUUCUAGAACGCUGAAGUGUGCCCGGAAUAUGUUUCGUUGCGGUUAGAUAUUAGGCACGGCACUCCUGCUCAUCUGAACUUCUGCAAAGAACAUUGGGUGUGGCCUGGCCUCUCGUGUGCUGACUAGUCUGUCGUGUCGUGCAGCUCUAAAGCCAGCAGAAUUUCAUCAGGGUAAAGCCAGCAGUAAUUUCCUUUUUCUCGCCAAGUAUUGUUUUUGGUGAUCAUUGCGAUUCUCCACUGCAAUCAGCCUCAUUCACCUCACCCUAUGUCCAUUCACUGAAGGGCUAAGAUAAGCCUUAAAGGCUCAGAUUGAGACCCGCGAGCCCUCAGGCAGGCUCGGCUAGGAUGCCCGAUGCGAUUCUAUCACUACGUUGAUUCAUUAUAACUCCGCUCGUAAAUGAAAUAUCAGUCUGAAAUUUUUCACUCCUA